AUGGUAAACACAACGGCUCUUAUACGCUCACCUACUUUUGUGGCGCAAUUUAGAGUACUGAAGCAAGUAAACAGAGGGCUAUUCUCACAGACUAGUUACGCUAGAACGCACGCAAGGACGAGUUAUACACACACGAUGGCGGGCACAGAUAGACUACAGCAAACGUCGCAGAUUCUUUCGCGGUCGACGUCGUCGGAGAUCCGGUUGGAGCGCCCCUUCAAAGUGACAGUUAUCGGGUCGGGUAACUGGGGGACCACCAUCGCCAAGGUGGUGGCGGAGAACACGCAGGAGUACCCGCAGCUGUUUGAGCGGCGCGUGGACAUGUGGGUGUUCGAGGAGCAGAUUGAGGGCCGCAAGCUGACGGAGAUCAUCAACGAGCAACACGAGAACGUGAAGUAUCUGCCGGGAAUCACGCUGCCGGAAAACCUGGUUGCGAACCCGUCGGUGGCGGCUGCCGCCGCGGACGCGGAUGUGCUAGUGUUUAACAUACCACACCAGUUUCUGGGGCGGAUUGUGGAGCAGCUCAAGGGGCACGUGAAGCCGGGCGCGCGGGCGAUCUCGUGCCUGAAGGGCUUCAGCGUGGGCAAGGACGGCGUGCAGCUGCUGUCGACCUACAUCGAGGAGCACCUGCACAUCCCUUGCGGCGCGCUAUCCGGUGCGAACCUGGCGCCGGAGGUGGCGAAGGGCAACUGGUCGGAGACGACAGUGGCGUACACGCUGCCCCAGGACUUCCGUGGCACGGGCAAGGACGUGGACCACGCGGUAUUGAAGAAGCUGUUCCACCGCCCCUACUUCCACGUGAACGUUGUGGACGACGUCGCGGGGAUUUCCGUUGCGGGCGCGCUGAAGAACGUGGUUGCGCUGGCUUGCGGUUUCGUGCUGGGCCUCGGGUGGGGCAACAACGCAGCCGCAGCCGUGCAGCGCGUAGGCUUGAGCGAGAUGAUCAAGUUUGCGCGCAUGUUCUUCCCGGAAUCGAAGGUGGAGACCUUCUACCAGGAGUCUGCCGGUGUCGCAGACCUGAUCACUACCUGUGCGGGUGGCAGGAAUGUCCGCAUUGGUCGUGCCAUGGCAGAGACCGGCAAAUCCGCACAAGAGCUUGAGAAGGAGCUCUUGAACGGCCAGUCAUCCCAGGGCAUUUACACGACGCAGGAGGUGCACGAGUGGUUGCAGCAGUGCGGCAAGAAGGACGAGUUCCCACUGUUUGAGGCUGUGUACAAGAUUGUCUACGAGGGCGUUCCAAUGUCCAAGUUACCUGACAUGCUUGAGGAUGCCUAA